AUGGACAAGUACAAUGUCUUUGAGGAUUUCAAAAACGAUCCCAUGUCUAGUGACGGCUUUGAUCAGUUUCUCAUACAGGACUCCAAUGAAAUCGAUUUCCUCCUCAGUGAAACACUAUCGGGGUUGCAAGACCUAGAUGUGCCCAGUGGGUUUGCAGCUGCAAGUAAUAGCUCCUCGAAUCCUGCAAAUGGACGAAGUUUCCAUUCUAGCGGCAAGUCCAAAUCGCAUAAUAGAGGUAUGAGUGGAACUGCCAUUUUCGGGUUUGCUGACCACACGAGAGAGUUUUCCAUCAAUGGAAUCACCGAUUUCAACAAAGCGCCAACGUCACUCCAGAAAUCAUUUGAUUUGAGAAGCAUAUCGCCUGGAGAGUUGCUACGCAGUCAGCAGCAGAAACUAUUAGCUUCACAACCACCAAGAUCAUCACCACCAGCAGCAUCAGCAACAGCACCACCAUUACAACAAGAACAGGCAGAACAGCAGCGCCAGCAGAUGCCAAGCCAGGAGAUUCUCAAUUUCAAUUUCGAGGAGAAACCAACGCUCAUGACCAAGGAAGAAGAUGACUACGAGGAGCAGCAGCAGCAGCAAACAUCAAGGAGGAUGGCGCAACUGUCGCCAAUAAAGCAGGCUACAACUCCCGAGACCCAAAUGCAGCCAAGUUUCACCACGCAGCCACGAACUUCAAAGCAAAACGAGUACAUUGUCACUAACCAGAACCCCAAAUCGUAUAAAUUCCCUCCGUCGCCUACCCCUCCUCCACUGGAAGCACAGGGCAGGAGAAUCGCCAACUCGUACUCGGCGCAAUACUUGCAGUCGCUUCAACUGCAGCUCAAUCACGCUUCGAAGCUACCCUUUCAAUACGUGGAUGACUUUGAACCACUCCUAGAAGAAACCACCAAUGACAAUGAGAUUACAUAUAUCCCCUUGCCCAUCCAAGAGCCGGCUUAUGAAAAGAGCAUUAAUAAUCAAGCAAACAUGCCCGCGACGGCUUCUUCACUACUGAGUCAAUUGCAAAUGGCAGCAGAACUUCCAAGUCGAGACAUGGCACAACAUCAACCACAACCACAACGGCAGUUACAACGGCAGUCACAACGGCAGUCACAACCACAAUCACAACCGCAAUCACAACCCCAGCAGGCUCAGGUACAAAUGCACAUGCUCAUGCAAAAUGGUUUGAGCAAGAAUUUAAACUUCAACACUUUCCUACCACCUCCCACACCACCGACAUUAUCCUACGACUCCCCCGAUUGGCAGUCAUCACCCGAGCCACUUUCACCAUCGCCUGGUCGAGCUGUAUUGAGUCAUCAGCAUCAGCAUCCACACCAAGUCUCACCUUUGCAUCCAACUUUGCAAAAUGCCAAUGUCAAUUUCUGCUCACCAGAAUAUUUCAACUUCCACUCUCAAUCAUCACCGCAACAACAGCAACAACAACAUAAUAGUGCCGCAUCACCGCAUUUCAACUUUGUUGCUCAAUCACUGCCUACGCUUCAACAAGCUAAUGCAAUCCAACAGCAGCAGCAACAAUACAUUCAACAAGCACUUUAUCAAAAUGCUGCGGCACCGUCAGCAACAUCGGCAACAUCACAACAACCCCCAUCACAUCGAACUUCACAACCACAACAACAAGCACAAGCACAAUCACUUGCAUCGCAGCCAGCACCGCCACUACCUAUUCUCAAACCAAACUAUUGUCCACCAUCAUCACCAUUCGCAUCUAGUCUCAAUUCGUCAUCAACGAAAUACUGCCAGUCGCCCACUAAAGAAAAGGACCCUUCCUCCCUCUCCUCAUCCGCAUCACCAACAAUCAAAAAGUUCGAUAAGCUCCGCAACGACCCCACUUUCCAAACCCCAACGAAGCCACGCCAACAACACCAACAACAGAUCCUAGAAUGGAGUCCCGUGAUAUCGCCCAACUCGAAACAGACACUAGCAAAGCAAAUCAAAGACACCUCGCCGCGCCGUCGCGUCAAAAAGACAUCGCUCUUACCACCCGGUGAACUAGAUAACUAUUGGAUCGGCCCCGAUGAAAACAAGAUAUAUACAUGCACCUACCGCAACUGCGGCAAGUUGUUCACGAGACGAUACAAUGUGCGCUCGCAUAUCCAGACUCAUUUAAGCGACCGGCCUUUUGGAUGCGAGUUCUGCGCUAAGCGGUUUGUGCGCCAGCAUGACUUGAAUCGACAUUUGAAGGGGCACAGCGAGGCCAAGUUGAGCAAGUGUCCCUGCGGCAAGGAGUUUGCCAGGUUGGAUGCGCUCAAGAAGCAUCAGGAGAGAAAUAUCUGCGUUGGCGGCAUCAAGGGGUUGGUGAGCAAGCCGCUUAAGAAGAAGAACUUGGCGGAUUUUCCUGUGAUUAGCGAGACUUUGGAGAGUGUUAUCCAAGAGAAGUUGAAUGAGGAUUUGAUUGAGCAAAGUCCGUGA